AACAACAUGCACAACUGCCAAAGAACCACUUGUUAGCAGGGAACUGCGAUAACAUCUUCAGUUGCCGAUCGAUGUGGUUCACGAUGAAAUAGUUUUAGUUUCUGAGACUUCACCGACACGGCAUGUCCUUUUCUGAAAUCGGAACUUCCAAAUUUCAAACCCAGCUCAGUUCUGAGCAUAACGGGAACGUAGCGGAAUUUUACGAGAUUCCGCUUAAUCCACCUGAAAAUGUUUCCGAAAUUCCGUUAGAAAACAUCACUUCAUGCUCACGCUAUGACCACGUGGCCAACCUAGGUAGCCCUAACAGCAAAGUGUCGUCUAGUUCAUGUGACAAAAACAACAAAGAUGCGAUCAGAAAAGUUACGUCUCGUAACAUCAGUUUCUAUGGUUACGUGUCUCACGGAAAGAAAAGUUUAGAUUACACUACAGUAGUCAAUUAUGAAGAUUCUUCAGACUUCAAGGACGAAACACCUACUAGAGCUGAGUGUGAAUGUGCACCUGAAAGUUUGGCUUUCAGUGUUCAACAAAUGGACGAAGCCCGACUUCGAUAUUUAGUGAAAGAAAAUGCUUCAGAAAAUAGUGUUAGGUUUAACAGUUCUAGCUGUGACGUCCAACUUCAGUCAGAGGAUGUUGAAGAAGAUCCCACAAAGCCUCAUUUCUCUCAGCUCUCAAACAUCGAGGAAGAUCCCACAGAGUCUUCCUUCUCCCAACGUUUUUCACAAGAGUGUUCCAUCAGUUCCUUGAAUCCACCUGACUUAGAGCAUUGUAUCCAGAAAUCCCUUGAAGAUUACCAAGGGUUAACAUUACCUGUCCAAACAUUACCCAGAGAGCGAAAGUCUUCGUUAGUAGAAGAUCUUCUUCACGAAAUUUACGGUCCCCUAUCCCCCUCUGAUCGCCGGUCAAGUGCGGACAGCGAACAUUUCACUGAUGGAUCGGUUACUGACUUUACAUGGGCAAUUAAUCACUUUAUGAUGGGAGGCGAAAAGGGAAGACGAGCGAGGUAUACUCGAUCGAGUUUACUUAGUAAAGAUGUCCAGGACUUAAAAAGUAUCGUAAAACAGCUCCAGAACCAGACUCAUCACACGAAUAACUCGUUAGUGCAACAGUUAAAACUUCGAGACCGUUUGAUGAAUAGACGUAAUCGUAAUUAUGAUAUGCUCACUGCAGUGCUUCAAGCGAUCUCACCAAAACGAAGUAAGUCGAGUGUGGACACCAAAAUAAGGUUCAGCGUGACACCCUUCCCUGGAGACAGCGGUUUCACUCAGUGGCACGACGCGAUGAGAAUGGUAGCGCGACUUCCAGGGGGAAUACCUCCAGAAUUCCGGAAAAGGCUGUGGUUGACUCUGGCUGACAGACAUCUACAGAAGAGAAAAAUUGACUGGGAAACAACGAAGAGAUUUUGCUUUAAUGAAAGAACCAACCCUGAUGAUGACCGACUGGGAACUCAAAUCAUUAAAGAUCUUCAUCGAACAGGAUGUAGCAUGUUCAGUGGGGAAGAGGCUGAAAAUAACCAGGCGUUGUUGAAACGUGUGUUAUUAGCGUACGCACGCUGGAACAAGGUCGUUGGCUAUUGUCAAGGGUUCAAUAUGCUGGCAGCAAUUAUAUUAGAAGUUAUGGAAUGGAAAGAUGAAGAUGCCUUGAAGGUGAUGAUAUUCCUCAUAGAGGGCGUACUUCCAGAAGGUUAUUUUGCCAAUCAUCUGAGGGGACUUUCCGUGGAUAUGGCAGUAUUUAGAGAUCUACUGCGUAUGCGCUUAAUUUGCUUGUCACGCCAUUUGGACAAGCUCCAGGCUGAAGCUAGAGAUAGUUCUACAGGGGCCAGUUAUGAACCGCCACUGACCAACGUCUUUACCAUGCAGUGGUUCCUCACACUUUUCUCUACUUGUCUGCCAAAGUCGACCGUUUUGCAGGUGUGGGACCUGAUAUUCCUGGAAGGAAAUGAAAUUCUUCUUCGAGCAGCUCUUGCAAUAUGGGAUGGAUUAGCAGAUCGGAUAAUGACAGUGGAAAGUGCAGAUGAGUUUUACAGCAUCAUGGGCGUGUUAACAAGAGAGAUGCUGGAGUUUGGACUUAUGGAUCCCAACGACCUCGUUAAGACAAUUUGCACAAUAUCGCCGUUUCCGUUUCCUCAACUAGUUGACCUCCGGGACAAAUACACUUAUAACAUUCGUCCAUUCACGUCGUCACUUACUCAAAAACGUGGUCUCAACCUGUUCUUCAGCGAUGAUGAGGAAGACAAUGAUGAUGAGCAGCUAGUCAUGGCCACCUGGUGUCUCUCGGGAUCACUACCUGUCCCCAAAGGCAAAGGUGACAACAGUCGAACCCCGUCGCCAUCGGCAUCUACAACUUUUACUCUAAUUGGACCAGGAGUCUUCAGUACAGCAAGUGGAAAUCUUCUUCCGUCACCUUCCUCAUCCAACGUUAACCCAGAAAGAAUGACCUUAGAUAUCUCAGCCUUGAAGAAACAGUACGCCAAACUUCGAGAAAGGCAGAAACAAGCACAUAUUAUCUUAACAGGUACUUUUUACCAGCACAACAAAGCCAAACAACGUCAACCAAUAGCUGUCAAUCAUCUUCUGUUAGGAAAGAAACCUUUGAUAAGAAAGCAGAAACAAACAACCAAAACAACCUUCAGUCUCAAAGACAAUUUACCCAAACAAAAUAACGUUCAACGAAAUCGUCAUCGUCAUCUUGAAUCUUCUGGAAGCUCUAAAUUCAGCAAACGUGUAGACGUAGUUUCGGAGGACUCCGGUCAAACUCUAACGUGGGAACAAGCCAAGAAAGAGAAGAGAAAGCAUCUGGUUACCAUGGCAACAGCAAGGCGACAGCUUCUUCACAAUAUUCCACACACUGUUGAAGGAAAGACAACAGGAGUAAGGCGAGGAGAAGUGGAUUUUGUAGAUAGUGUUGCAGAAAGAGACCGCUUAGAGAACGGGGACAGUGAAAGCAGUAGCUCCACGGAGUUAUGUGAUGAUGAGGCACCUGGCGACAUAAGUGAUUACUCAUCACCCGAAAUGGGACGAAAAGCGUCAAAUUCAAACGUUUCGAACUCACCAGAAGCAACGCCUAGUGUCGAGACUCAGCAGUUGUCAUCGAUGACUCGACAUUUUAGCCACUUACCAGCGAAGAGUGAAGAAAAAAACACUGUUGUGGCUACCACCCAUCUUCUGAUGACCCCAGCAAUGGAAGAGUCCGGAGAAACUUCAGUAACUUCUAAACAAAGCUCAUUUGAUUCUAACAAUAAAACACUAAGUGAAAAAUGCGGCAUAGAAUGUGACUCGGACAUCUUCAACCAAAGAAAAAUGAACCAACAGUACAACGAAACUAAUGGAAGAGAUACCGAUCAUUUUCGAGUUGAGGGGUUUGUGUCAAGUCUUCCGGCGAAAACAGAAAAUGCCCAGUCUGCCCCUCGGCUACAUGCACACGAAACCAAACCAAAAUAUAAGCCUAUACAGAAAGAAACACUACUGAAACUAGCAUCUACCCACACAGAAAAGUCUAGAGUUUCCAAUGAAGUUUACCCUACCUUAUCUCCAGUGACACCUUUAACGCAAACUUUCAGUACGAUCUUACAAAAAAAAGACCCUAUACUAGGUCCUCAUGGAACGAAGCACAAACGUUCAGUGAGUGAAGAACACGUGAACGUGUCUCAUUUUGUGCCAAAUUUGUCUGGUGCCAAAGAAGACGUGAGAAAAUAUCGGUCUAUAUCACAAAGCAGCGAAAGGAAAUUUAGUCCAACGAGACAAGAAGUGGAAAAACUAGCGGUGAUAGAAAGUAAAUCAUCUUCUUUGCCAAAAGAAGUUACCAUCGAACAAUGGGCAAGUUCUUCAUAUUCAUCUCCUAAACAGAGCCCUACAAAGUCAAGUCAGUUCAACCCUUUUCCAACUGUCCGCAGCCGUCUUGCGAGAAGACCUAACAAAGAAUUUAGCGGCAAACUAGGAAAGUUGAAUACAGAAGAUAAAGUUAAAAGUGAACAUAAAGAUUUUUCAAAUGUUGUCCGUCCUUCGAGGUCUUUUUCUUCUUCGGAAAAGCAUUGAUGGUGGUAACUUAUACCACUUUCCCGCCAUAUUCAUUUAGAAUCUUCAUAGCCAUAUUAUAUUAAAGUAUUCAUCGUCUCAGCGCUUAUUGCAUUACAUCAAAAGUGAAGAUUCACCACGAUACAUGCACUGAGAUUUUCUGAGGCAUGAGUUUGUCAUUAACUUUGUCUGAUUUACUUUGAGCGAUAACUAUUAUUCACUACGUGUAAUUACAUACAUUAUUUCAAGCUAUAUCUUAAAAGUUAUAAAAGAAAAAAGGCUCAUUGAAAAUAGUAAGCUAUAGACGUUUCGAAAACAGUGUGUUGUUAUUUUUAGUAAGAGUACUAUUAAAGCAUGUGACUGAUGUAUAUGUUCAACUUUCUGAGACGUUCGUUUGUUUAUAUACUGUUAACUUGUAUAUUAUAGAUAUCCAGCAUGUUUACGUAGCUAACAUAUAAUCAAAAGGUUUUACUAGUGCAAACGGAAUUCCACAUUAAUCGUGUUAAACUUUUUGUUUUCAAAUAUAGUUGUUAAAUUAUAUAUAAAAGAGCCUUUAGGCUUAGCAUUUAUCGCGUUAACCAAAUGACCUGAAGAUGCUCAUAAGAUUUAACAAAUGGCACGAAACCGAAACGUUGGUUUAUUAAAAUAAAUCAAAAGUUUUGCCCCUCCAUUAACCAUAUAUAUUUAAUUUCAAGAUAACGAAUUUUUAAACUUAAGUACUUUUUUUUAAUGUACUUCAUGGUCAAUCGGGUUACAGGAAGAACUAUCAACUAAUUACAUAGUGCCCUCUUCAUGUUUAGCAGCUCUGGUUGUAGGUUGACACUUUCUUAACUAUAUUUUACGCUACACAUUUAAUACAGAUUAUCCUUUAGAAACCGGUUGUGUAGUAAUAUUAUGAAAAAUGAUUCAGGAUGGGGGCGUAUUUGGUUGUUACUUCUUCGUCAUGCGUUAUAGAGUUAUUUCUUUACCAAAAUAUUUAGUUCCAGACCUACACGUUCUGUCAAGCAUCAUCUUGCACAUCCAGUUCGGUUAAACCCAAGAUAAUAAUAAUAAUAAUACUCGCUUCUUUUUGGUGAUAUAAAACGUCGAGUGUUAAUACUAAAACAGAUGUUUUGUUACAGAGAAAUCGCUCCUAUCGUAAUAUGGUAAGAGCUCUUAUUAACAUUAAA